UACAAUGAAAAUCAUAUUACAUGGGGUGGAGAAGACAAUAAAACAAACCUUUAGCUGAGUGCAUUAUUAUUAACUCUGUUCCUCGUCACUCCGUAUAUUGAUCAAUUAGACAGCGAUUCCCAUGACAACGACCUCAUUCCGGGACUGUGAGAGAUCUGGCAGGUGCCAUCAACCAUUAUCCAAUUAAUCAAAUCACGAUAUGGGUCAUCAGCACAUUACUUACAGCUCCGUCAACAUUCCACCACUGCCUCAAAUUGAGCGUUGGUGGGUUGGAGGAGCGGUUCUUGGUCCCAGCGAGUACAAGGCCGAGUAUAGAUCGCGAAAGCCAGAUGUAUGGAACAUCGAGCAAUACCCGCCGGACAACAAAUACAUGUCGCCCAAUUUACUCCAGCCGCACACAUCGGCACACUUUUCAGGAGCAGGGUAUGCCAAAAAGGUGAGAAGCGAGGCAUCCUCGAUUUUCCCCAGUUGGAAAGACGCUUGGUUGAGCGAGACAAAACGCAGCUUCUCGCAGACAGCGGUUGGAGAAAAAGACAGCCUCACGUUCUCACACGAUCUGGGUAUAAAGCCAGAGUCAUGGGGAUAUGCAAGGCAAGAAACGUGGUUUUGCCCCUUGUAUGCCAGAAAAGAGUCCAUGCUGGAAGAAAAAGUGUACGAGUAUGAAGAUAGCUUUCGAAUUGUUCCGUCAAAAGAAAGCAUUUCAAGGCCAAUGAAAACUGAAUUCCAAGGUGCUUACAAAGGCACUCAGCCAAGACAGCCAAGCAAUUUGCCGAAUGUCGUAUCUCAAUUGCAACAGUACGAAACAAUUUUGGCCCCUAACAUGUACAACACUUCAGCUGCUACCAUUGGUUCCAAUCUGCCUCUAAUUUUGUAA